AUGUCAUCCGACUCCUUCACUUUUGACCUAACCAACAUCGCUGCGCGGGUUCUCGACCACCCCGAAAAGCUUCUCAGCAGACUCAACGACGACCACAUCAAUUCUUGGCCCUUAUUCGCUUCAUGGCUCCCCACAGACCUCUUACCCGGAACUCGACUAAAACUCAACCUCCUCAAGGCCUGUCCUGAGAUCCGAGCGCGUCUCUUCACGUUGAACCACAACGUCUUCCAGGAUAAGUUUAAUCUCCCAAUUCGUCAUCAUCUUGCUUCCGCAACCUGGAGAUCAUACUCUUCGGUUAUCACCAAAUAUCUUCAAUGGCACUGGUCACAAUUCCCUCACAUUCCAGCUCUUCCUGCGUCCGCAUCGUCCGUUCGUCACUUUGUGACCAAUACAUCAGGUCACUCAUACUACCUGGCUUUAAAGAAGAUCCACCAUAUCCUCGAACUUCCCGUGUUCUUUGACGACGAUCUCACUCACGCCAUCAGCAAAGAUCAACAUUUACUUCAUCGUGACUGCGUCCACGACAAGGCUUUUCUCAAGCUCCACCAACUGAACGAUCUAGUUCAGAUCGCUCAGUUGCAUAACCAUCAUGUCUUCGCUGCAUGUGAACUCAACGACCUCGGUGAUGACAUUGGUUAUGAUAAGUAG